CACACCACUGCUUUGUCUUGUUCAGCACAGAGCGCGCUGUCCAGGGCACUCCUGCAGCCAAGGACGUCUUCUCCUUGGCUGCCUUCUUCAGCCUCACUUUGCCUUUUCUAAACAGGAGACCUCAGUGUCUAACUGAAUGGAAGCAGCCUUGUUUUAAUUAGAGAGCGGUGUUGGUGUCAGGGUAUUUCUCUUAAAGAGUAAGAACUGACAUAUUUUAGUCCUUUGUAGUUUUCAAACUUUUUCUUCUAGUUUUUCCCAUUGUUCUUUGUUCAAAUGAACGCCUACCCAGGAUGGCACCAUACCUUUCUUCUGAAGAGAAGACAGAGGAGGAAAGUGGUGGUCCAGAGCCCCACCUUAGACUCUUUCCUCCUCAUCCCCAACCAACACAGCUCAAGAAUCCUCAAACUCCGCUCACUUAAAAUGCUUUUUAAAGAACUCGUUGUGUGAUGUCUCACCUAGGAAUGUGGUUUAAAAGCAGGAACUGCUGGUGGGAAAGUGGUUUUUACUACAAAGGAAAACACUGGGAUGCGUUUCUUGUUUCAGCAAUAAAAGAGUUAACACAGGGAGCAGUAGAGGCUGCUAGUCUGCAGCGGGAUAGUGCUCUCAGUCUCUGUCAUUUGUGGUUUAGAAAAAAGGGGGUGGUGUUCUGCAUUUGAAAGGACUUUAAUGAAUGCUGUCAGUGUUUGUGAGAGCGGAGGGUCUGUAUGGGAAAAGGGAUCUGGGAAAGUGCUGUGGCUGCUUCAGGAUAGGUGGAUCGGAGUUUGCUCUGAUUGAACCGGAAUGUUCCACCGCGGUUCAUCUUUAUUCAUUAUCCUUUGUUCUUUAUAGUCUGAUAUAUUGGGAUGAAAGUAAAUGUAGAUAUAUAUAUGGACGAUUUAUUUUCCUUUGAAGCUGUUUGUUGUGUACAGCGGGAAAUAUACUUCUCUUGUCUUGGUUGGAUGCACAAAUCCGUGUGCCGUGCUUUUUGCCCGUUGCCUAGACGAUCACUUGGUUUCUCUGAGGAUGUCUGGUUCUCGUAAAGAGUUUGAUGUGAAACAGAUUUUGAAAAUCAGAUGGAGGUGGUUUGGCCAUCAAGCAUCAUCUAAUUCUUCAGUUGACAGCCAGCAGGGAGAAUUUUGGAACCGAGGACAGACCGGAGCAAACGGUGGAAGAAAGUUUUUAGAUCCAUGUAACCUACAAUUGCCUUUGGCUUCAAUUGGUUACCGAAGGUCCAGCCAACUGGAUUUUCAGAAUUCACCUUCUUGGCCAAUGGCAUCCACCUCUGAAGUCCCUGCGUUUGAGUUUACCGCAGAAGACUGUGGCGGUGCACAUUGGCUGGAUAGACCAGAAGUGGAUGAUGGCACUAGCGAAGAGGAAAAUGAAUCGGAUUCCAGCUCGAGCAGGACUUCCAAUAGCAGCCAGACACUGUCGUCCUGCCAUACUAUGGAGCCAUGUUCCUCAGAUGAAUUCUUCCAAGCCCUUAACCAUGCGGAGCAAACGUUUAAAAAGAUGGAAAACUACUUGAGACAUAAGCAGCUGUGCGAUGUCAUCCUAGUUGCUGGUGAUCGUAGGAUUCCAGCUCACAGGCUGGUGCUCUCCUCCGUCUCAGAUUAUUUCGCUGCCAUGUUUACUAAUGAUGUCAGGGAGGCAAGGCAAGAAGAAAUAAAAAUGGAAGGUGUAGAACCGAAUUCAUUGUGGUCCUUAAUUCAGUACGCAUACACAGGCCGACUGGAACUGAAAGAAGAUAACAUCGAGUGCCUGCUGUCUACAGCAUGCCUCCUCCAGCUGUCCCAGGUUGUGGAGGCAUGCUGUAAAUUUCUGAUGAAACAGCUCCACCCGUCCAAUUGCCUUGGAAUCCGCUCUUUUGCCGAUGCCCAAGGCUGCACAGAUUUGCAUAAAGUGGCCCACAAUUACACUAUGGAACAUUUCAUGGAAGUAAUCAGAAACCAGGAAUUUGUAUUACUCCCAGCCAAUGAAAUUGCAAAGCUCUUGGCCAGUGAUGACAUGAACAUUCCUAAUGAGGAGACAAUACUGAACGCACUUCUUACUUGGGUCCGCCACGAUCUAGAGCAGAGGCGGAAGGAGCUCAGUAAACUGUUGGCUUACAUUAGGCUACCUCUCCUGGCGCCGCAGUUCCUGGCAGACAUGGAAAACAAUGCACUUUUUCGGGAUGACAUAGAGUGUCAGAAGCUCAUUAUGGAAGCAAUGAAGUAUCACUUAUUACCUGAGAGACGACCCAUGUUGCAGAGUCCUCGGACAAAGCCUCGGAAGUCGACUGUGGGAACGUUAUUUGCAGUUGGAGGAAUGGAUUCAACAAAAGGAGCGACGAGCAUUGAGAAGUAUGACCUCCGUACCAACAUGUGGACUCCCGUGGCAAACAUGAACGGGAGGAGGCUGCAGUUCGGGGUCGCCGUGUUAGAGGACAAGCUGUUCGUGGUCGGAGGGCGCGACGGACUGAAGACCCUGAACACUGUGGAGUGCUACAACCCCAAGACGAAAACCUGGAGUGUGAUGCCGCCCAUGUCCACGCACAGGCACGGGCUUGGCGUGGCCGUAUUGGAAGGCCCCAUGUACGCAGUUGGCGGGCAUGACGGCUGGAGCUACCUGAAUACGGUGGAGCGCUGGGACCCUCAGGCUCGCCAGUGGAAUUUCGUGGCCACUAUGUCCACCCCGAGGAGCACAGUCGGUGUGGCCGUGCUGAGUGGAAAACUUUAUGCAGUUGGUGGUCGUGAUGGGAGUUCUUGCCUCAAGUCAGUCGAAUGCUUUGAUCCUCACACUAAUAAAUGGACACCGUGUGCCCAGAUGUCAAAAAGGCGAGGCGGCGUAGGCGUAACAACCUGGAACGGACUUCUCUACGCUAUUGGAGGACACGAUGCUCCCACAUCCAACUUGACUUCCAGACUUUCAGACUGCGUGGAGAGGGACACUGAAGCCUUGAAGCAGUUUUACCAUUAUAUUCAUGUUGAGUUCCUAAGUGUUCUGUGUCUACUAAAUGAAUCUACAGCACCAUAUGAUCCCAAAACAGACAUGUGGACUGCAGUGGCAUCCAUGAGCAUUAGCAGAGAUGCAGUGGGGGUCUGUUUACUUGGUGACAAGCUGUAUGCUGUUGGGGGUUAUGAUGGACAGACCUACCUGAACAUCGUGGAGGCUUACGAUCCCCAGACAAAUGAAUGGACCCAGGUUGCUCCGCUGUGUCUCGGAAGAGCUGGAGCAUGUGUUGUGACUGUGAAGAUAUGACUUCAUGCUUUGCUCUCUAAGUGAUGGUGCCCUCUUCCUUUAUUAACAUAAGGGCAGUCCUACCAGUGGAUUCAUUUUUAGUGAACGUGCAAUGCCACAUUCCUGGGCACAAAGUGCCUCAUUUCAAAAUGAAGAUGUUGGAACAAUGGAGGAAGGAAUGGAUGGACCAGGAUGAGAUAUACUUCAUCGCUUAGUAAAUUAAAGCUAUGCUGCUGGACUGGGAUCAUACCUUAUUGAUAUACAGUAUGAAGACAAGUGCACUGCCCCAGAACAAUCCAUCACUAACUGGGAAUUUCAUCUAUUUUUAGUCAGGCACAUUUUAUUCACAUCAUCCAAGGUUAUUACCGUACAAACAUAUAAACCUCUAAAAUAAUACUUUAUAAAUUUGUCAUACAUGAGCUUCCAUACUUUCUAUUGUUUAAUCAAACCACUAUUUUAAUGAUAUACUAAAGACUAUGCUGUCUAGUUUUUUCAGGUACAAUGAUAUUAAAUAUGCUCUAGUUGUGAGUUAUAUUACUAAAAUUGAUUUAACCCGAGAAUAAACGAAAACACUUAAUGCAUUAAAAAUAAGACUGACCAAAUAAAAGCUUGGUAGGAUCUCUAGGUCCUACUGAAGUAGCCAUUCCAUUCCAUCUAGACCCACCAAGAGCUGUGUGCGAUGGACUACGACUGAAAUUAAAGCAGGACGCUUUACAGAAAGAUAUGCAAGUUUAUGUAGAGCAAACAAAUGCUAUAGCCUCUCUAAUGCUCUUCCACCUAACUAACCAGUGUUUGAUGACGUGGGUUUCUUUUCUUUCUACUGCAGAAGAUUGUUUGGGUCUGUCCUUUUGAUACUGAUGCGGCUGUUCGGCAGUUCUUACAUUCUGUCUGCUGCUGCCGUCUGUUUCUCACCUUUAGACCCACUGCGUUAGGGACCCAUUGUGCUUUGUAAUCAAAAAAUGGGGGGGGGGAAUGUGCUAAUUGACUAUUUAAAAAAUCAGUUGAAAGUGUUUGUUACUCAAAAUUUUGUACAUUUGUAAACUCUAAUUACAUACAUGAAUGUUAAUAGUCUCAGUGAAUUGUUUAUUGUUUGUAAAAUGCCCUGGGCAGUAAUAGUGUAUGAAAUUUCCUUUAAGGUAGAAGUCAUUACCUUAAUAUAAUAUGGAUGUAAACUGAAGCCCCAUCUUUCAAAGUAUGUUAUGAUUAAUAUAUUCUUAUUUUAUAUUAGGAUAGCCUUAUUUUAGUUGCUUUCUUUAAAACAUUACCUUAAUAUAAUAUGGAUGUAAACUGAAGCCCCAUCUUUCAAAGUAUGUUAUGAUUAAUAUAUUCUUAUUUUAUAUUAGGAUAGCCUUAUUUUAGUUGCUUUCUUUUAAAAGUGAAACACAGUCCCUUUUUAUUGAA